CUUCUUAAGCACGUCAUAAGAAUUUUGCAGAAUUAGAAUUUUGAGGAACCGAGACACUCAUGGCAAUUGGAUUCAUGGAGGUGCAUCUUGUGAAAGCAAAAGGCCUGCAUAACGCUGAUAUCUUUGGUAAAAUGGACCCCUAUGUUCUGAUACAAUACAAAGGCCAAGAGCAGAGGAGUAGUGUCGCUAUUGGACAAGGUAAAAAUCCAAUAUGGAACGAGAAAUUUAUCUUCAAAGUAGAAUACCCUGGAGUAGUCAAUCAACACAAGCUCAUCCUAAAAAUUAUGGACAAAGAUUUAUAUGCGGAUGAUUUUGUUGGACAAGCCAUAAUCCAUGUAAGGGAUUUAUUGGUCCAAGGAGUUGAAAAUGGAGGAGCUAAGCUACAAACUCUCAAGUAUAGAGUAGUUCGUGCAAACAAAUCUUAUCGAGGCGAAAUUGAUGUUGGUGUUACUUUCACCCCAAAGGUAGAAGACGAAUUUGUUGAAGAUGACUUGGGAGGAUGGAAAGAAAGUGAAUAUUAUCUGCCAUAGAUUAGGAAGGCCAACGUAUAAAAUCAAAGUUUUAACCGAAAGAAUAGUUUUAGAAUUGUCACUAUGAAACAGAUUUGAUUUGUUUCGAUCCCAUAUUAUUUCAUUCUUUAAUUCUUUUUAACAAGCACAUGCAAGAUAAAUGUACUAAAUUGUUGCUAUCAAAACU